UCAUGUAUGCAUGCUUGUUCAGCCCUUGCAUUGAGAGGUUUAAAGCCAGAAGACCAUUGUCAUGCUUGGUUGACCCUUGGAUCUUAUAGGGCAACAUACAACUACUUCAUUCAGCCAGUUAAUUCCCAAAUAUAUUGGGAAUCAACUCCUUAUGAAAAACCUGUGCCACCAAAGGUUAAAAGGGCUCCAGGAAGACCAAAGAAAGCCAGAAGAAAUGAUGGUAAUGAGGAACCUGUUUGUGGGAGUCAGAUGAAGAAGACAUACAAUGACACUCAAUGUGGGAGGUGUGGAUUGCUUGAUCAUAAUGCAAGAAGUUGUAUGAUGCAAGGUGUUAGUAGGAGACCAAAGGAAAAUCCUGGCAAUGUAGAUGAUGUGGAUGAAAAUGCUGGCAAUGUAGAUGCUGUGGAUGAAAAUGCUGGGAAUACUCCUAAUGAAGUGCCAGAAAAUGCUCCUAACUUUGUGCCUGGAAAUGCUCCUAAUGAAGUGCCAGAAAAUGUUGUGCCAGCAAUUGAUCCUAAUGAAGUGCCUGCAAAUGUUGUGCCAGAAAAUGCUCCUUACUUUGUGCAACAUAAUGUUGUUGCACAUGCUGGACAGAGUCUUGCACCAAGGAGGUAUGGCCUUAGAGGACCGGUUCCUUCAGCUAAUAGGCCAAAGAAUACACCAAUGAGGGGUCCUGCACCAGCUCAUCCAACUCCUGCUGGCAUGAUUAGGGUUCCAUAUCCAACCUAUGGUCCACCCGGUUCGACUCAACCUCAAUUCAUGGAGUUUAUACCAACUCCCGGAUUUCCCAAGAAGUGAUGCUUCCUGAAGUUUAAUAGAUGUUUUGGAUUUGUAAUAUGUAGGCUUAUUUGAAUUAUGCCCCAUAGUUGGGUUUUUUUUUGCUUAACUUGCCAUUUAAGUCUUAUGACUUGUUAAUGCCCCAAAAUUGGGUUGCUUUUGCUUAUGUAAUUUCUCAGAAUUAUGACUUAUUA